AUGAACCGAAAGGGACCUAUGCAAAAGAAUGAAGAGACGGAUAAGCCGCUGCGUAUUGCUAUUGUGGAAAAGGACCGUUGCAAACCGAAGAACUGCGGACUGCCUUGCAAACGAAAUUGUCCUGUGAAUAAAAUGGGUGAGUUUUGAUC